AUGAUGAAGACCAUGUCUGGUGGAAACUGCACCCUGAACGUGCCAGCCAAGAACUCAUAUCGCAUGGUAGUGCUGGGAGCCUCCAGGGUGGGGAAAAGCUCCAUUGUCUCACGCUUUCUCAAUGGCCGGUUUGAGGACCAGUACACUCCCACCAUUGAGGAUUUUCAUCGCAAGGUCUACAACAUCCGGGGAGACAUGUAUCAGCUGGACAUCCUGGACACCUCCGGGAAUCACCCUUUCCCUGCUAUGAGGAGGCUUUCCAUCCUGACAGGCGAUGUUUUCAUCCUGGUAUUCAGCUUGGACAACAGAGAAUCCUUUGAUGAGGUCAAGAGGCUCCAGAAACAGAUCCUUGAGGUCAAAUCCUGCCUGAAGAACAAGACCAAGGAAUCAGCUGACCUCCCCAUGGUGAUCUGUGGCAACAAAAAUGAUCACAGUGAGAUCUUCCGCAAGGUACGCUCAGAUGAAGGCGAGAACCUUGUCUCCAGUGAUGAAAACUGUGCUUACUUCGAAGUUUCAGCCAAGAAGAACACCAAUGUGGAUGAGAUGUUCUAUGUCCUCUUCAGCAUGGCCAAGCUACCUCAUGAGAUGAGCCCUGCCCUCCACAGGAAAAUUUCCAUCCAGUAUGGUGACACCUUCCAACAGAAAUCCUUCCGGAUGCGCCGAGUCAAGGACAUGGAUGCCUACGGCAUGAUCUCUCCCUUUGCUCGCCGGCCAAGCGUCAACAGUGACCUGAAGUAUAUCAAAUCAAAAGUUCUCAGGGAAGGUCAGUCAAGGGAGAGGGAGAAAUGCACGAUCCAGUGA